UAAAAAAAUUCUCUCCUUUCUCGGUCUCACUCUGCAUCAGCUCCUUCUGUGCUGCUUAAACCCUAAUUCUACCUCUUUGCCUUUCUCUCUCUUUCCGCAAUGAACUGUUCAAUUUCCGGCGAGGUGCCGGAGGAUCCAGUGGUUUCGAAGAAGUCCGGACUACUUUUCGAGAAGCGUUUAAUUGAAAGACAUAUCUCUGAUUAUGGUAAAUGUCCUGUUACUGGAGAGCCAUUGACGGCAGAUGACAUUAUCCCUGUUAAAACUGGCAAGAUAGUUAAACCCCGACCUGUACAGGCUGCUAGCAUUCCUGGGAUGUUGGGAAUGUUUCAAAUAGAAUGGGAUGGUCUGAUGCUGUCAAAUUUUGCAUUGGAACAACAAUUACAUACUGCAAGGCAAGAGCUGAGCCAUGCUUUAUAUCAGCAUGAUGCUGCUUGCAGGGUAAUUGCAAGGCUGAAAAAGGAAAGGGAUGAGGCAAGGGGGUUGCUUGCCCAGGCUGAAAGACAAAUACCCAUGGCAGCCACUACAGCUGUUGGCACUACUGCUGUAAGCAAUGGGAAAAGAGUUGCCGAGGAUGAGGAUAUGGGCCCUGAUGGAAAGAAAAUUCGCCCUGGGAUAUCACACUCUGUCAUUGAGACUCUUACUGAAUGUAAUGCUGGUCUUUCACAACAAAGGAAAAAACGACAGAUACCGGCAACAUUGGCCCCUGUGGAUGCUGUGGAGAGAUAUACCCAACUGAAUAGUUUUCCUCUUCACAAAACCAACAAACCGGGCAUUUUGUCUUUGGAUAUUCAUUAUGCUAAGGACAUAAUUGCUACUGGUGGUGUUGAUUCAAAUGCUGUGGUCUUUGAUCGACCUUCAGGACAGAUCAUAUCAACACUAAGUGGUCAUUCAAAGAGGGUUACCAGUGUUAAAUUUGCGGCUGAGGGUGAACUAGUGGUCUCUGGUUCAGCAGAUAAGACAGUUCGUGUGUGGCAAAGUUCUGAAAAUAGAAAUUAUGACUGCAGGCAUGUCUUGAAGGAUCAUACAGCCGAGGUGCAAGCUGUCACUGUCCAUGCGACCAAUAAUUAUUUUGUUACAGCUUCUCUUGAUAGCACGUGGUGCUUUUAUGAUCUUUCUUCUGGUUUAUGCCUUACACAGGUAGCAGAUGCUUCAGAAUCUGAGGGCUAUACUUCCGCAGCUUUCCACCCUGAUGGUCUGAUCCUUGGAACAGGGACUUCAGGGUCUCUGGUCAAGAUAUGGGAUGUGAAAAGUCAGGCAAAUGUUGCAAAAUUUGAUGGCCAUGUUGGGUCUGUAACUGCUAUUUCCUUUUCAGAAAAUGGUUAUUUCCUAGCAACUGCUGCCCAAGAUGGUGUUAAACUUUGGGAUCUACGCAAAUUGAAGAACUUUAGAACUUUCACUCCCUAUGAUGAAAACACACCAACUCAAUCAGUGGAAUUUGACCAUAGUGGAAGUUAUCUUGCCUUAGGAGGCUCAGAUAUACGAGUUUAUCAAGUCGCCAGUGUCAAGGCUGAAUGGAGUCCCAUCAAAACCUUCCCUGACUUAUCAGGCACAGGCAAAGCAACAUGUCUGAAAUUUGGCCCAGAUGCAACGUACAUAGCUGUUGGAUCUAUGGACCGUAAUUUAAGAAUAUUUGGGCUGCCUGGUGAGGAUCAAAUGGAGGAUUAGGCUCAUUUCCAGCGUGAAGCAAACAGCCGAUGCCACAGCUUUUGCCUUUGCAUCUGCUGCAAGAUCACAGUGCUAACUUGAGGGCAGGAGGUCGAUUGGUCCCGUUCUUGAAUAUGUAAUUCUUCUGGUUUUUGCUAAAUUUUGGGGUGGGCAGGCUAAAUAGACAUACUGCAAACUUGGGAUAACCAGAGUUUCUUUGGUUGUCCCACUACCAGCCUUGGGUAGUCUGUUGUAUCAUUCUUGUGUAACCAUUGCCCGUCCUGGAAGCAAAACUGUGAAUGGAUAAUGAUCAGUUACAGUACAUUGAGAUGACAUGUUUGUAGCUAUAGUAGAUAUUGCAUUGCAUUAAAGAUUUCUGUGACAUUCAUGUUACCAAUUUAUAUCAUUGCACUUUUUACCUGA